AUGUGCUUGUCCUUAUCGGACUACCGCAAAAGGAAAUCCGUUGGCAUCAAAUCACUCAUCUGGCACUCCCUCUACAAACACUCCCCCGACAGACUUCUGGUCGUCCCAUCAGACACAAUGGCGGGCCACGCAGCGCAAAGUCUCUUACAAAUGCUACGGGCUGCCCGCCAGACCCAUCUCCGCUUUAUAUCAGGGACGUUAUCCCACGGGGAAUACCCCAUCUACGUCAUCGGCAACUCCUCCGCCGACUUAGACUCGAUGGUCUGCGCCCUGGUGUACUCGUACUUCGCCAAUCGCACAUCCCGGCGCCAUAUUCCACUCAUCAAUCUUCCCACGGUACCGUCGGGUGCGGAGCUCCGUCGCCUACGACCGGAAUUCGUCAAAGCGCUCUGGAUCUCCACCAACACCGCAGAUCAACUGUGGGAAGAAACGCCCGAAUCCGCGGGGCCUCUACUCCGCGACCACAUCCUCACCGUCGCGGACUUCGAGCAGGAUCUAGAACACCAGCACCGUGGAUCGAAUGACCAGCCGCGCCAUCAUCGCACAGCCGACGCGGUCCUCGUCGACUGGAACGCUUUACCGAUCCGGUCGUCCGCCGACGGUCCGCACGGAACAGGGCGUCUCGACGGUCUACCGUCGGUCGAAUUCUCCGUGGUUGGCUGCAUCGAUCACCAUGUCGAUGAGGGAUUCUUGGGCCCCAACUGCCACCCCCUGGUCAUUGAGAAGGCCGGGUCCUGCUCCUCGCUGGUCACGAAUACCUUGAAUACGAUGGGGUUAUGGCGAACUCCUUCCCCCACAGACUCGAACGCAUCUUCCAAGGAAGAACGACAGCUUGCCCUAUUAGCCAUGGCUCCUCUCCUCAUCGACACGGUCAACAUGACCGCCACAGACAAGGUGACCUCGGCUGACACGCUCGCACGGGAUUUCCUGCGGCAGACGCUUGCCUCUGCUGAUGAUAGCAACGGUCCCACCGACCCCAGUGCCUUGGAUUUGUACUACGCACAAAUCCAAGAAACCAAACAGAACAGUCUGGAUCUGCUCACGGUCGACGAGAUCCUCGACCGCGACUACAAGCAGUGGACCGAGACGUCGCACCUGCGACCCGAUCAGCCCGUGAACAUCGGGUUCUGCUCCAUGGUGAAGUCGAUCCCGUGGAUUGUGCGGAAAGCGGGCACCGCAGAAGCGUUCCUGGACUCGCUGCGCGGGUUUGCGGAGCAGCGGGACUUGGAUAUCGUGGUGGUGAUGACGGCGUUUAACGCGUCGGUGCGGGAGGGAGCGUUCAUGCGCGAGUUGCUCGUUUGUGCGCGUGAUGAGGGAGUCGCGGUUCAUGCGCUGCGGGAUCUCGAGGCGCGGUCGAGGUCACAGUUGCAGUUGCAGGAAUGGGAGGCUCUGGAUGGAGCCGAUGCGGAUAAGACCCAGUCUAUCCGGGACGUUUUAUCAGGUGACCAGGCCCUCUGGAGACGCAUCUGGGUCCAGGGGGAUGUGACGAAGAGUCGGAAACAGGUGGCGCCGCUGGUUCGAGAGGCGGUGACUUCUCCGGUUGGAGAUAGGCUGUGA